AUGAUCGAUGGUCUUGAGAAUACUUUCGUGCAGGAAGACUCCAUCGGAUUGCCCAUGUCCGAGGAGAAUCCCUACGGCAACGCGUGGAAGGUGCACAAGACCUUUGUCGAAAAGAGCUGCGCCUUGGAUUUCGACCCACAGAAGGCCCGAGUCUUCAAGAUCGUCAACGAGAAGAAGCUCAACCCCAACUCCAAGAACCCAGUCGGCUACAAGGUCAUAGUCCCACCAGCACAGCUCCUCAUGGCCGAUCAAGCCUCCCUCGUCCGCAAGCGCGCUCGCUUCGCAGAGCAUCACAUGUGGGUAACGCGCUAUAAGGAUGAGGAUCUCUGGACCGGAGGAAAGUGGACGAACCAGAGCAUAAUCGAGAAGGAUGGUGUGGCGGACUACGCGGCGCGGAAUGAUAAUGUCCGUGGCGAAGAUCUAGUCGCGUGGGUGACGUAUGGACUCACGCAUAUGCGCUGA